UUGGCUUCUUCGCUUGUCGCUUUCUUAUUUUGUCUUUUGGAACCCUCUUGCUUGACUUGACUUGACACUGGAUCAACUGUUGGCUUUUUGCUUGUUGUCUGUCUUUCUGCAGACUCAAAGAGACACACAUUCAUCGCAGAUUCGAUUCACUACUCGUACAGUACUAUCAUGGGAACCAUGGGCCAUCUUUCGUCGUCGGUCGACGUGGACCAAGACCAAGACGACAGCCACAAGGAUCAUCCACCUCGGCGACGCCGCCGUCCUCACAGAACGAACAUCAUUCAGAAAAAGUUGCUCGACAUUCCCAUGGCAUUCUCUCGGAGGAUUCGAAUGCUGAUACUCGUGGCAUUGGGGUGUUGGUUUGCGACACUGGCAUUCAGUCACUACCGACUGACACAAGUCAUGAUGGAAAAUGAGCAAGACAACCAGCAACAACAACAACGACGACGACUCGAUCUGUUACAGCAAAACAACCCCAUGAAUCUCAUCCAUCCAAUCAAGAGUGACGAUGAUGAUCCUACGCCCCACGACAUCGGCUAUUUGACGCUCCUGCGGAGACCCAACACAAAAACACUUCCCACAUUGAUCGAUCCGAAUCCGCCACCACAAAGCCACAGCCACAACAACAACAAUCGACCCAAAGCUCCCAAAGAAUAUGUAGACCACAUUCAUCCACCCCACAAACCAACAACGCACGUGACCAAGGCAGAUUUGGACCAGCAUCGAUUCCUCGUCUUUCAAGGGGAAAAGCUGGGCGGACAAGGCGCCGGAAACCUCAUGAAUGGACUUUUGGCAAUGCAUCUACUGGGAGAAGAAUUCGGUCGCAUUGUCUGUGUCAUCAAGCGCUUUCAUUUCUUACAGGCAUUCGAGUACAAGGAUCCCGUGCAUGCCGAUUUGUGUGGCUUGCUCCUGGAACAAGCAGAGACACGACCGGAGCAUUUGAUCUGGAAGGAUAUUGUGCAAAUGGUCAACUUUAUGGAUCCACCAGAUGAAUGCCAGCUCAAGGAACUGCUGGCAUCCAAGGAACGACAUGUCAUUCAUAUGCAAGCCAACACGUAUGUACGAUGGCGUAGUGUCCCACCCAACUUUUUCUUGAAAUACUACAAACCACGACGGGAACUACUCGACUCCUUACCCUACGAUCCCAGUCAUCCUCCUUCCACCGUCGUGCAUUUGCGGAAAGAAGAUGGACACUCUGAUUAUCGCAAGGGACUCGAUGAAGUGUCGUUGGAUGCACUGGGGCAACUAUUGUCUACCGAAACCGAAUAUCCCUUUUUGGUCACCAACAAUGUCGAAUGGUAUGAACUGUUCCAGAACAAGUUUGGUUGGAGACAUCCCAAGUGGGCCUAUGUGAAACAUUCCGUACUCCGACGAACCUGGGGGACACCAGAACCCACACGAGCCGACGAACAAACACUCAAACCGGCAGAAGAAAAGCAAGUACAACGAAUGCAACUCUGGGCCGAUUGGUACACCAUUGUGACGGCCAAAAAGGUCUAUCAUACGCACAGCGACUUUUCUUUGUCGGCAAUCCACUGGAUGGGCAUGGAUCCCGUGACGAAUCAGGAUCUCACAUGGUCUCGCACCAUUCUCGAGUACGAUCACAAAACCAAACAGCUACAAUUCACACCGGAACAAUGGAUGCUGGAUCCCGUCAUGAAGCGACUGGUGGAUCGAGAAGGAGAUGAACUGGCACAUUGUGGCACUUGGACCAAGCAGCCAGGGGAUACGGACGAUCAUUGGGCCCAACUGAAACCACCACCCAAACAAACUCCCUCUUUGGUGGACAUGUCAAUCAAUAAUAACGGGGCGGACGCGUCCAACAAAGAACGAAAGGAACGAGUAAGGCGAAAAGCAUUGGAGUUUGAGUCGCAAAGAAAGAACAGCCCACAUCUUCAGAAGAAGUCUCCAGACGUACACAACAACAAUCCAAGUGCCUUGAAACAAGUAUUGCAGUUUGACUCAUCAUCAGCAAAACCAGAAUCGUCCGAGCAGCAGAACAAUAAGCGACAGGAACUUCACGGGGAAUCGCCCAACCCACUGCCACACAAUCCACUGUCUCUUAGCGGUGUGGACAUGUCCAACAAGGACAAUCGUCAAUUCUUGCAACGAGCUUUGGAGAUUGAACCGGGACGAAUGGAAGCGCUGGAAAGACGAAGACAAACCUAUCAGAAUCAGCAUGCUUCGCAACAACAAAGUAUAGGCAACAAUCCAAUGACACCAGCCGAAAUCUCGGCCUCUGUGACCCAAAAAUUGAAAAAGAAGCAAGAAGAGGUCGCGCAGGCGAAGCAUGUGUGAGGUGAGGUGAUGAAGGAGUGGUAAUAGAGAUCAAGUGUAUGUACUAUAUUAGAAAGUGCCUUUCAAGAACAGGGGGAGCUCUACGGUAUGACGACGAAUAGCGACAAUCAUCUGAUGAAGCAGAAAUCUAUGGCGAUUUUGCAAAGCUGUAGGACGGUUUCUAUUUUUAGGGAGACUUCUUCGUUUCUGUCUUGCUACAUCGUACUAUCAUGGUGCCCCGCGACCAGCUUCUCCUAUCGUCCUGUGCCCUUUGCAAAACUGUUCUUCUUGUCAACAUCAAGCAAUUGGUGGACUGCAUGUGACUAUACCGGUAUACUAUAUCGGUACGGGGCUUGGCCUUGUUGUCAGGCCACUUUCAGCGCGGGGCUUUUUCCGACAUGGUGAUCACUUUCUUGGUUUGCAAAGCUCCAGUUUGAGAAUAUUUGUUGGAUCAUUGACAUGAAGAACAAGACCGUCAUUGUGAUGAGCAUUGUUGCUGUUUUCUUUUGACUUGGGGGGAUUGCUUGAUUUUGUGUGUUGCUUUUGCCCACUUUGAUGUUGCUUGUGAUCCUUACUUCCGCAAACCUUUCUUUGGCUGCAAGACAGAACACAGCCAUGAUCCAUUGGCUCCCAGUGGUACGUACGACUAUACCGGUGCCGUAGCUGCAUUGUGUGAUCCCUUCCAAGAGUCUUCCGUCAAUGCAUGCAUGCAUUGGGUCUUUGUCCAACUCCACCCCACCCCUGGCAUGGCCUGCACCUGCAGAUGACAGCGUGACUCGACUCGAUUUCCACCAAACAUUGACUCCUACAACAAUCCCGCGACCUCACGGAACAGUCUUAACUCUUUGCAAUCUUGACUGUAAAUCUUGCAAAACAAAAAAAUGAGGGUCAUUUCGAGCCAAUAUAGCUAUUUUAGAAGCAAACAUUCCCCAAAAUGUGCUUUUUGUUGAAUUUGAGUUCGGGUCAUUGGGAUCGUUCGA